CGCUCUCGCGUUAUUUCGUUAUUUGUUAUUUGACAACUCGUGUUUCGUCUAGCUGGGUGAUAUUGUUCUCUUGUCCACGUUAACGUGUUAAAUAAAAAACCGGGUACCUUAUUGCAGAAAUAACUAUUAAAAGAUGGGUGAUGUAUCAACUGAAAAUAUAUCAAAAAAUGAGUUGAAAAGGCGGUUGAAAGCCGAACAAAAAGCUAAGGAAAAGCUAGAAAAAGCUGCAACACAACCUGCCGUGGAAAAGAAACAAACAGAAAAUAAGGUAUCUGAAGAAGAUGUAAGCCCUAAUGAAUAUUUUAAAAUUAGGACCAAUGCUAUAGCCCAUCUCAAGACGUUGGGUGGCGAUAACCAUCCUUAUCCCCACAAGUUCCACGUUACGACUUCUUUAGAGGAGUUUAUUGAAAAAUAUUCAAAUCUAAAAGAUGGAGAAGUACUAGAAAACGAGAGGCAUAGUAUUGCAGGCCGAAUACACGCUAUUAGGGAGUCUGGCUCCAAACUGGUCUUUUACGACUUACGAGGUGAGGGAGUUAAGGUGCAAGUGAUGGCUACUGCAAGACAGUACGAGAACGAGACCAAGUUCACUGAUGAUAUCGCUAAAAUUCGUCGUGGUGAUAUUAUCGGCGUCGAGGGUGUACCUGCCAAAACUAAGAAGGGAGAACUAUCUGUGGUGCCGAAAAAGAUCAAAUUGCUGUCCCCCUGCCUUCAUAUGCUUCCACAUUUACAUUUCGGUCUAAAAGACAAGGAGACUAGAUACAGACAGCGUUACUUAGACUUGAUUUUAAACAACAGGGUACGUAAGAUCUUCGAAGUAAGAGCCAAGAUAAUCUCCUACAUUAGGAGGUUCUUUGACGAUUUGGGAUUCUUAGAGGUCGAAACGCCGAUGAUGAACAUGAUCGCAGGUGGCGCAACUGCCAAGCCAUUCGUAACGCACCACAACGAGCUUAAUAUGGAUCUGUACAUGAGGAUAGCGCCCGAGUUGUACCAUAAGAUGCUGGUUGUGGGCGGUUUGGAUAGAGUAUAUGAAAUCGGACGGCAGUUUAGAAACGAGGGUAUAGAUUUAACUCACAAUCCCGAGUUCACCACGUGCGAAUUCUACAUGGCUUAUGCCGAUUAUAACGACGUGAUUGUGAUUACGGAAACUCUCGUUUCUGGAAUGGUUCACAGUAUUCACGGCACCUAUAAGGUUAAGUACCACCCGGAUGGACUCGAUGGCGAGGAAGUCGAGAUCGAUUUCACGCCACCGUUUAGGCGCAUCCGCAUGAUACCCGCCUUGGAAGAAGCUCUUAAAGUGAAAUUUCCUCCAGCGACGGAAUUGGACACCAAAGCCACAAACGAAUUCUUAAACGACCUUUGUAUCAAACAUAACGUUGAGUGUUCCCCGCCCAGGACCACCGCUAGGCUACUGGACAAACUGGUAGGCGAGUUUAUCGAGGAACAAUGCGUCAAUCCCGCCUUCAUAUUAGAACAUCCGCAAAUAAUGAGCCCGUUGGCCAAGUGGCACAGGUCCAUCCCGGGCUUAACAGAACGAUUCGAGUUGUUCGUUAUGAAGAAGGAAAUUUGUAAUGCCUACACGGAAUUGAACGAUCCCGUCGUUCAGAGGCAGCGAUUCGAACAGCAGGCGGCGGAUAAAGCCGCUGGGGACGAUGAGGCGCAACUGGUCGAUGAGAAUUUCUGUACCGCUCUAGAGUACGGCUUACCCCCCACCGGCGGUUGGGGAAUGGGCAUCGACCGGCUUACCAUGUUUUUGACGGAUAACAAUAACAUCAAGGAAGUAUUACUUUUCCCCGCCAUGAAACCUGACGACCCGAACAAGAACAAGGAGGACGACAACAGUCCAAAGGAGCAAAAUAACGCUUAAAAAAUGUAUUUUCAUAAAUUGAAUUUAUUUUAUUUUACUUAUUUAUUCUUAUCCACUCUUCAGGCAGAUGAUUUUUAUGUCGUAAAUAUGUUUAUGUAUUCGUCUCUUGUCACUAUCUAAAUGAAAUGAAAAGUAGCUUAUGGUGUAAAGCUAAUAUUAAUUAAUUAAUUAAUAUUUUCAA